AUGACAACACAAGCUGUAUCAUUAUUAUGCCCUUUAACGAUGGCAUUAUUUCGUGAUCCAGUCUUAGCUCAAGAUGGCCACACAUAUGAGAGAGAAGCUAUCGAAGACUGGAUCCGAAAAAAUGGUACAAGUCCUAAAACGGAUCAACCGUUGUCACUUGAACAUUUAUAUCCAAAUCAUUUGGUUAAAAAAUUAGUUGGUGCAUUUGAAACAUCAUUAAUCGAAAAAAAUUAUCAAUUUAUAUUAAAUGUCGAUAUUAAAAAAAAGCGAGGUCGUCCCCUAUUUCAAACAUUCGGAAAAGCGAUAUUUCUUGCCGAAUGGUUGCCAACUAAUUCUAAUCAACCAGAAAUUAUUAUUUUAAAAAUUGACGGUGCUCGCGCAUUAAAAGAAGCAUCAUUCUAUGUUAAUUUAACUCGUCAUCCACGCAUUGUUCGCACGUUUGGUUUUAUAUCGGAUGAAAAAACUGAUAACGAAAAUAAUUCAGUCAUGAUACUACAAGAAUAUGCACCUGAAGGAAGUCUUUAUGAAUUGUUACAAGAACGAGAAACAGUACCCGAUGAAAAGAUUCUUAUCGAAAUAUUUCUACAGAUUGCUGAUGCCAUGAUAUUUUUGGCAUACAAUAACAUUGUUCACGGAGAUUUAGCUUGUCGCAACGUUCUUAUUUUUCGUUUCGAUGAGACUAAUACAAAAAACAAUAUUGUUAAAGUGACUGAUUUUGGACUCAGUCGACAAAGCAAAAUUUAUUCAAAAACGUCAGGAUCUGCACGAACAACACUCGAUAUUGUUCCCACUCGAUAUGCUGCACCAGAAAUACUAACACCAAAUUCAAAAUCUGAUGAUUAUACAGAAAAAUCAGAUGUGUAUUCAAUGGGAGUAUUAAUGUGGGAAGCAUACUCUCGAGGUGCAAUACCAUGGUCAAAAGUAGAUAAAGAUGCAGAGAUAAUUCAAAACGUUAUGAACGGUAUUUUAUUACCUCAACCAUCGAAAUGUAGCUUAAAAUUUUGGAACAUUAUUACAAAGACUUGGUCUAAAUUACCUCCUGAUCGACCAACAUUCAAACAAUUGAAGCAUCUAUUGACAGAACAAACUUACUUUACAGGUAAAAUUUUGUUACUGGGCAAGAACUACUGA